AUGCUCAUAAACAGCCAGGAGCUUGUCACCCAUCAUGACCUGCACUCCACUUUUGAGGAUAUCCUUUAUAACCAGCCUUCGAUGAAUUUCUCGGAUGUGUCAUUCAAACGAUUCGACAGUGAUCCUCGCGGUUCAUCUCUACUUAGGAAGUUCGAGCCCGGCGUCGAGCGGACAUGUAAAACACUGCCGAUACCGUUGCAGUACUGUAUAUGCCAGUACAAAAAGCAAAAUGUC